CAACAAAAAAUCGGAUGACUCACAACAAACUACCGAGCACGGAAAAAUUAAAGAUUUCUUUCGAUCCUUGAGUCGUUCGCAGACGAAAUUGUGUUAGAAGCUUUAACUAGCAAGUGAUAAAUCGAACAAAUAAUAAUGGAGUGGCUGUUUGGUAAGCGCAUGUCGCCGGACGAGAUGAUGCGGAAGAACCAGCGGGCCCUCAACAAAGCGAUGCGCGAUCUGGACCGGGAAAAGAUGAAAAUGGAACAACAGGAGAAGAAAAUCAUUGCCGACAUCAAGAAACUGGCCAAGGAGAACCAGAUGGAUGCGGUGAAGAUCAUGGCAAAGGAUUUGGUACGGACGCGCCGCUACGUCCGGAAGUUUAUGCUGAUGAAGGCCAACAUCCAGGCGGUGUCGCUGAAGAUACAGACGCUGAAAUCGCAGAAUGCCAUGGGCGAAGCCAUGAAGGGCGUCACCAAGGCGAUGACCAACAUGAACCGCCAGCUCAACCUGCCACAGAUCCAGAAGAUCCUGCACGAGUUUGAGAAACAGUCGGAGAUUAUGGACAUGAAGGAGGAGAUGAUCAACGAUGCGAUGGACGAUGCGAUGGAGGACGAGGGCGAUGAGGAGGAAACGGACGCCAUCGUGUCGCAGGUGCUGGAUGAGCUGGGUCUGCAGAUGACAGACCAACUUUCCGGAUUGCCUCAGGCAUCCGGAUCCCUUUCGGUGGCGGCAGGAACGAAAACUCCUCAAGCAGCUGCCAUCGGUGCUGCCGGUGGAUCGGGUGGACCCGGAUCCCCUACAUCGGAUACCGAUGCGGAUCUACAGGCUCGUUUGGAUAACUUACGACGGGAAUAGUAGGCUGAUAGACAUGGGUGCCGUACCGUGCUGCCUCUGAUCCACUCUCACAUGCGAAGCAUGCAUCAUUCACCUCAAAAGUGGUCACUGUGUGCCCGCCCGAAACGAAAGGGCUGCUACUUCUGAACCUUUGAGAGGAAUCAUUAAUAUGAUUGUUUGUUUUUUUACCUAUACAUUUAUAUUUAAGCUCCCGAAACAAUUCCGGAACACCUAUAUGUUUGCUUCAUGUUUAUUAACGAAUGCAUCGAUGUAAAUAUGGAAUAAAAACACGAAAAUUUGACGAGCAAGCCGUCAAAUUGUGAAUUAA